CUCGUCCCCCAUCCUCCAUCCGCAAGCGCUGUCCCUUCGUGUCUGUAUCUACGCAGACGGAGCUGUAACAGGCUCGCAUAGCUCUUUAUUAGGCUCCUGGGUAGUCUGCAAUGUCUCUGCUGUCAUCUGGCUCUCGGUUUGCUGCACGGACCGCCAACCUCCCACCGGAGCUGGUGGUGGCAUGCCUCCACACUUCUGCACCACUUCUAUACAAGAGCUCUCGGGAAGGCCCCAGUAGGCUACGAGACGGCCCCAGCAGACCCCGGGAUGGCUCCAGCAGACCUCGAGACAGCUUCAGUAGGUCUCGAGACAGCUCUGGUAGAUCUCGAGACAGCUACAGUCGCCCUCGAGAGAACUCCAGUACCACACCGUCGCGUACCCGACUCGUGAAGGACUUGACGCCGUCAUCCGGGAAGCUCGAGGUUGCGCCUUCGUUCCAGCGCGAUGCUGCACCCCACCAUGACAGGCCCCCCAGAGAGUACAAGCCGCGCAAGCCGGCUCCGCCGAGAAUAUUUGAUUCUCGGGAGGGCAGACAGAAGUUUGUCGUCCCGGCGGCCGAUGUGGAUCUACCAGUGACUCUCAAGUUGUCCGGUAGCUCACGCUCAGUAGACUUCACGAGCGGGGGCAAGUACAAGCCCCCCAGCUCCAGCUCCGUGUCGUCAUACAAGGCCAAAGUCGUCAACCCGCUCAGCGAGGACUUCGACCUGGACAAACACGCGAUGCCGACAUCGAAUUUGCCAGACAAAUUCACCUCCCCGCCGCUCAUGGAAGGAAUCGUCCAGUCGAUCCACAACAUCCUUGGUCCCGACGCAGAGCCGACACCUAUUCAGGCUCUCUCGAUCAAGCAUCUAGUGAAGCCCGAAUCCGCGACGCCUGAGGAACACGCGCAGUACCGCCAAUUCCUCCUCGCGUCCGAGACUGGUUCGGGCAAGUCCAUGGCGUACCUGCUACCUCUCCUGCAAGACCUCAAGCUUGCCGAGCUACGCGAUACACCACGCCGGAGUACCGACCCUUCCUUGCCGCAUCGCGCCAUGAACCCUCGCGCACUCGUACUUGCGCCGACGCACGAACUCUCGAGGCAGCUCUCCGGCUUCGCGAAGGACCUCUUGCACAACGUGAAGUUGCGCGUUAUGUGCGCGUCCCAGGCGAAUACGCCGUCGCGUAAGAAGGUCACGGCGUCGAGAAUGGCCGAGGCGAUGGAUGGAGCAGCGGAAGGCGACGCCGACAUCUCGUCCGAAAUCAUCAUGCGGCCUGGGGCGCAGAAUCGCCCGGUGGACCUGCUUGUCAGUACGCCGUCAAAGGUGCUCGAGCUUUUCCGUGGGCGUGGAUGGGACUGGGAGGUGAGGAGAUUUAGGAAAGACACGUUUUCGUAUGGCGGGGAGGAGGGCAAAAUCAACAUACCUCGGAAGUACAACAUCGGGGAGCCCCAGAUGGGUCUCGCAGAUAUCGAGUGGGUCGUCGUUGAUGAAGCGGACGUUCUUUUCGAUCCCGACUUCCAGGAGGCAACACGGUCGAUCCUCGCGGAGAUCAGCGCCGCUCGCGGGCACCCGGUUCCCUUCGAACCUGACCUGGUCCUGAGCACGGCGGACAAGCCCACGCCCAUCGACUACCCGUUCCAUCUCCUGUUGACGUCCGCGACUAUCCCUGCAUCGCUCGCCGCAUACGUCAACAAGUUCCACCCCACACUGACGCGCCUCGCCUCACCGAACCUGCACCGGCUGCCGUCGACGCUCAAGACGGAGAACUUCAACUGGACGGGCGGCAACCGCGACGCGGACAUCGAGCACCGGCUCCGGCGGGUGUGGUACGAGGACCUCCAGCAGAACAAGCCGCUUUCGCGCGUGCUCAUCUUCUGCAACAAGAGCAACCGCGUCCUUAACCUCAGCGAGACGCUGAACGAGAAGGGCAUCGCCAGCGUCGCCCUCACCAGCGCGGGUGAGUCGCGGAAACGCGGCUCGAACCACCAUCUCGACGGGUUCCUGCGUGUACGCGAACUCGAGGCACCCGGAUCCUCCUCCGCAGACGUGCCCGAGGUGAAGGCGGAGGUGGAAGCGAAGGUCGAAGAAUCUCCCGCUGAGCCGCGGACGAUGGGCGAGGUCAAGGAUGUGCCGCACGUGAUGAUCACGACGUCGCUGCUCUCGCGUGGGCUCGACUUCUCCCCAGACGUGAAGCACGUCUUCAUCGUCGACGAGCCGCGCAACAUGGUCGACUUCCUGCACCGCGCGGGCCGCUCUGGGCGCGCAGGCGAGGACGGGAAGGUCGUCGUGUUCGGGAAGCAAAAGGGUCGCGGGUCGGAGAAAGCGCGGAUUGUGCGCAGGAAGGUGGGCGCGCUCAAGGCGUGAGCCGUGGCGCGGUCGUUGGAGACUUGAGAGGGUGCAGUGGAUGAAAGUAUUCUACGGGCGUGAAUCAUACAUCAUCUAAUCAUUCGUAGGUACAUCUAGGACCAGCUAAUCUACCACACCACUCUGGCGCGUACGUCGCCGAGGCCGCAACGUUUGUAGGCCUUUUAAC